CAAACCUAAACUAAAAAUAUUUUUUUAAAAAAAACAUAUAUAUAUUAUUAUAUAAUUUACCCUCAGAUUGAACCUCAGGUUUAUCCCUGACCAGUUUGGUAUUGAAAACCCUAGAACCUGUCCUUCCACAGAAACUGGAAAUUUAGAGUGAGCGGAAGUGUUAAUAAUGGCUGCGAAGGAGGAUUACAGAAUAUUCGUGGGAGGUUUAUCGUGGAAUGUUACAGAGCGUCAGCUUGAGGAUGCCUUCGAUCGUUUUGGCAAAGUUCUGGAAGCUCAGAUCAUGCUGGAAAGAGAUACUGGCCGUCCACGUGGAUUUGGGUUUAUAACAUUCUCAGACCGCCGGGGAAUGGAAGAUGCAAUUAGGGAAAUGCAUGGACGGGAGCUUGGUGAUCGAGUCAUCUCUGUGAACAAGGCCCAACCAAAAAUGGGUGGCGAUGAUGAUUUGGACAGUGGUUUUCGGGGAGGCUACUCAGCUGGUGGCAGGAGAAGCUACGGUGGAGGGGAUAGGUCUGUAGGACAAGAUGAUUGCUUUAAAUGUGGGCGCCCAGGACAUUGGGCCCGAGAUUGCCCUUCUGCAGGUGGUGGUCGAGGUGGAGGUUCAUUCUCAUCGCAUUCUAGGUUUGGAGGCGGUGGUGGGCGUGGGGAUCGUUUUGGAGGAGACCGUGAUCGAUAUGUAGAUGACCGUUAUGAUGCAGGCCGCUAUGGAGAGAGGGAUCGCUUUGACAGCAGGGACAACAAAUAUGGAAGCCGUGAUCGACAUACUAGUGAUAGGUACCAACCAGCUGACCGGUUCCCAAAUGACAGGUACACCGGUGGUGAUAGGUACCCACAAAAUGGUUACGAUAAAGAUAGGAACUUCGACGGAGAUGGUGGUCCACGAGGUAGUGACAAAUAUGGAAGUGGUGGAGCAGCACGUAAUGAGGGUAGAAGUUAUCGAAGUAGGGCGGGUCCUUAUGACCGCACAAGUAGGGGGGGAAGACCAUCGUCUUUCGAUCGCUUUUAGAUUAGUAUCUUAUUUCAAAAUUGUAACUACAUGCAUUAUGAAGUUAGGAUCUUUGUUUUAAUUUUCUUUAGGAUGAUAAAGUUGAAAUUCCAAUGUUGUUGAGGAUUGAUGGAUGAUCUUGAAGCAAUGGUUUUAGCCUUUCCUUUUGCCCUUAUUAAUGGUUAGUUUUUUCAUGCCAAAA